UUUUUCAUCGAUAAUUAAAUUCCACAAGAAAGGUGAAGAAAAUAGUAAAGUAUACAUGGUCAAAAGGCCUUUUGUACCAGACGUGCUUAUCACUUCGUCCCUGUGCAGUCUGAAGAAGAAUUUUCAAGCCAUGGAGUCUCGGAAUCCAAGAUGAUCUCAGAUUGAUGACUUGCUUUGAUGACGAAUCCAAAAAGGGAAGCCUUUUGUUUUUGGUUCUUUUUGUUUUUGAGGAACUCAGGGCUCUGUAUGCGGCAAGUCUACCAUAGAUGUAGUCCGUGACCAUCUUUUAGGCAAAAAAGAACGCCUUGUGAUCUUCUUCAAAACCCCUUGGGGUUUAAAAGGCAGAAAACGGGUUACUUUCCACAAUGAAAAUGGGUGUUUCUCUUUCUGUGCUUUUAGAAAUUAAGCUGAUCUUGUUGCUGGGUAGGAGUUCAGUCGUCUUCCAUUAUGUCCCUUUAAAUUGAUGCAACUAGAAGCUAAGAAUUCAUUGGCUUGGAUUUGUAUUUUUUUUUUUUCUUCUCAGCCGUUGGCUUGAAUUCGAAGGAUCUUUAAUUUUCCCUUUGAUCUUUAGGAAGAUACUAUAAUUUAAACACUUUUUUGUGGUCUAGUAGCUGUUGGUCUCCUGUUUAACUUUCUGAACUCAGGACAGUUUUCCUGAAUAUCACCAAUGUCGGAGAAAAGCAUGCUUUCCUCAAGGCUUCUUUUCUACCUAGUAACCAUUUCUAUGUUCCUUUUGAUCCUUUCAUCUGCGUUCCUUCUUGAAUUUACCAAUACUUCUAUCAUAUCUAGAUCAGUAUUUAAGCUUAUUCUUGUUAAUAACACAUCAGAUUACUUCAAACCCAAUGUCAAAAGUGAACAAAUUACAAGUCCUUUCACCCCUUCUGUGGAUACACAAAUUAAUGCCGAAAGGCCCGUGAGAAGUGGAAAAUUGGCAUGUCAAGUAAACAAUUCAAGUAGGAAAAUGCCUUCUCUGGGAAAGCAUAGAAAGAUAGACUGUGACCCUUCUCAGGCUCUCUUGAGGGUGUUUAUGUAUGACUUGCCUCCUGAAUUUCACUUUGGAUUAUUGGGUUGGAAGGGAAGGGUGAAUCAAACGUGGCCAAAUGUCAAUAACCCAAGUCAAAUCCCACCAUACCCAGGUGGGCUGAAUUUACAACACAGUAUAGAGUACUGGCUCACCCUUGAUCUUCUGUCGUCCAACACCCCAAAUGUGCUUAGACCUUGCAGUGCCAUAAGAGUGAAGAAUUCAAGUCAAGCAGAUGUCAUUUUUGUUCCAUUCUUCUCAUCUCUGAGUUACAACAGACAUUCUAGGCUUCAUGGGAAGGAGAAAGUUAGUGUUAACCAGAUGUUGCAGAGCAAAUUGGUACAGUUUUUGAGGGCUCAGGAGGAAUGGAAGCGAUUGGGCGGGAAGGAUCAUUUAAUUAUUGCCCACCAUCCAAAUAGCAUGUUAGAUGCAAGAAGCAAGUUGGGGUCAGCCAUGUUUGUACUCGCGGAUUUUGGAAGAUACCCAGUUGACAUUGCAAAUCUUGGGAAAGAUAUAAUUGCUCCUUACCGGCAUUUAGUGAGGACCAUUCCCAAUGGUGAAUCAGCACCAUUUGACAAACGUCCUAUUUUGGCGUACUUCCAAGGUGCAAUAUAUAGGAAAGAUGGAGGUUUCAUUCGCCAAGAACUAUAUUACCUUCUCAAAGAUGAGAAAGACAUACACUUCACAUUUGGCAGCAUCCGAGGGAAGGGAAUUAGCAGUGCAGGCCGAGGGAUGGCAUCAUCCAAGUUCUGCCUCAAUAUUGCCGGAGACACCCCUUCCUCAAAUCGCCUCUUCGAUGCCAUUGCGAGUUAUUGUGUUCCUGUGAUUAUUAGUGAUCAGAUUGAGCUACCAUUUGAGGAUGUCUUAGAUUACUCGCAGUUUUGCUUAUUUGUUCGUGCAUCUGAUGCGGUAAAGAAGGGCUACCUACUGAAUCUUCUUCGAGGAAUCAAGCAAGACAACUGGACCAGAAUGUGGGAAAAAUUGAAGGAGAUUGCUCAUCAUUUUGACUAUCAAUAUCCGUCCCAGCCUGAUGAUGCUGUGGAUAUGAUUUGGGAAGCAGUUUCACGUAAGAGAUCUUCAACACAAUUUAAACUCUAUAGGGUGAACAGAUAUAAAAGAUCUGAGUCUCUCGUACAGAAGAAUUGAAAUGACAAGCGCCUACUUUAAAGAGUCAUCAAAGGGACAAGCAUAAUCAUUUUUUAAGAUCUGUUAGGGCAUUUCUUCACCUUUUUUUAUCCACACUUCUUGUAAUGUUCAUUGAUUCAGUUUUUUUAUAAUAACAAUUGCCUUUGCUGUGCUGAUCAAGGAGCACUUGUAUAAACCUCUUUUUACUCU